GGAAAUGCUGGGCGCGCAGGCAGGGUAGAGGGGGUUCUCUGUGAGGGCAAAAAAAGGAAAAGUUCACAGGACACGAACCCGUUUGUAAAGCAUCGUCAUAUCGCAGUACUUUCGCGCCUUUUCGUUGUUACUUUCCUCCUUUCUAAGAUGACCACGGCUGUAGUGCCGCCUCUUUUUGACUUCAGCGAAGUUAUCAACAACAACAACAACAACAAGAACAACAAAAUGCUGAAUUACAAUAAUAACAUUCUCAGUUCUCCACACACCAUGUCUGUGCCCUGCACUGGAGCAAAUCUUCCCAUCUCCAACCCCACUGGGAGCCUGCUGGACAGGAAGGCUGUGGGGACACCCUCCAUUGGUGGGGUUUACCAACGACGGCACUCAGUCACUUUGCCCAGCAGCAAGCUCAACCAGAAUCAAUUUCUGAACAAGGCAGACCCAGCCUUGCUGGGGACAGGGAUGGGUAGCACCGGCGGUAGCAACAAAGAAAACCGGCUCCGAGACCGCUCUUUCUCAGAGACUGGGGACCGCCUGCUGCAGAAAUGUACAGGCCCUGGUGGCCCUGGAGGCAGCCAGGUCAACUCCAGCCGCUAUAAAACGGAGCUGUGCAGGCCCUUCGAGGAGAAUGGUGCCUGCAAGUAUGGUGACAAGUGCCAGUUUGCCCAUGGCAUCCAUGAGCUGCGUAGCCUCACCCGCCACCCCAAGUACAAGACGGAGCUCUGCAGAACCUUCCACACCAUCGGCUUCUGCCCCUACGGCCCCCGCUGCCACUUCAUCCAUAAUGCAGAAGAACGCCGUGGGCCUCCUCCUGCCCCAUCCCCACUCUCCACCUCCAACAAGCUGGAGAGACCACGUCUACAGCACAGCUACAGUUUUGCUGGGUUCCCCAGCUCUGGCGGCUUGAGAGACAGCCCCACUUCAGUCACCCCUCCCCCCAUGUUCUCCCCAGAUGAGCUGCCUGAAUGGCCCAGCAGCAAUCCCUUCACAUACUCCAGCCAGGAGCUGGCCAACCUCUUUGGUCCCAGCUUGGGAAGUGGACCCUCGUCUGGAGCUGAUCCCACUGCCCCAGCGCCAUCCUCUCCAUCUACAACUCCUUACUACUUCAGGCCCAUGUCGGAGUCUCCUCACCUCUUUGAGUCUCCGUCCAGCCAGCCAGACUCCCUCUCCGACCAAGAGGGUUACCAGAGCAGCUCGGGUAGCAGUCUGAGUGGCUCAGAAUCGCCCGUCCUUGACACCACACGCCGACUGCCCAUCUUCAGCAGGCUUUCCAUCUCAGAUGACUGAGGUGACCAGAGCCAGAUUCCUGCAUUGCUCGCAGUAGUAGUGGUCAGAAAGCACGAGGGACGAGUACUCCCUCUACCUCCUGCCUACUCUUUAGCCUUCUAGAGGCAGUAGACUUCCCUCGUUCUAUCACUUAGGCUUUAAAAAAAGAUGCAAAAAAAAAAUCAACAAAAAAGAUGCAGUGAAUUAAGGGAACUCCUUUUCAAUUUAUUUAACCACAACAAGCAAAAACUCCCUCUUCGGCCCAAAAACCUGUUUGCUGCCUUGGCCUCAUCUCAUAGACGCCCUGCCAUGACAUGUGUGACUGUGCCAAAACAACUAGAGCAGGAAGUGGAAUGGUGAAAGGUAAGAGACUGUUGUGCCAGGUACUACUGCUUCAGUAGUGCAUAGCAGAGCCACAGGUGGCAUGUUGAGGGAGUAGUUCUACGCUGAGGACCCUUCCUCCCCCCUUAUAGCACCACUCAACUCAAGGACACUCUCCUAACUAGCUGAAUGGGUUUGAUAGAGUCUCGCUUAGAUCAUUCACAGCUGUCUGAAUGCAGACCAACGUAAGAAAAAAGGAAAUAAAAGUGCCUGGGGUUUAUCAUGCAAGUGUUGAGGUGAAAGGACUACUGUCUCUUUUCCCCCCCUCAGUUUCUAACAGCCUGAUGUAGUAGCUCUUGCUCUGAGCAUUCUUCUGCCCUCCUGUUAGAUGGCAGACAUCAGUCUGCAGGAAGGACUUCUCAUGAGGUUGAAAAUGGGAGUUCAAGAAUAUAUUUGGCACGUUCUGUUUUUAUCAUGUGCUGCCUGCUCUGGCUUUCUCACAAAACUAGCGCAAAAGCCUGAGAUUGGGUGCCUUCACUCAAUAAUGAACAAUUUUUGCUGUCCCCCACCCCAGUUUUCCCAUUGUGGCUGGUCACUUGGUGUUUGUUGGGAAGGGAAUGCCUAACUGGCUAUUAAACUUUAAGACUGACUUUCUACCCACCUUCCAAUCAGCAGAGGGGAAUUCCAGCGUUCUCAAGGUGCAGCUGAACUUCCUGUGACUUUAUUUAGAUCUCCAAGCUAAUUUGCUUUUCCAUAGAAUCUGCUCAGAUGAUCACUUUGUAAUUUCAUCACAUCUUUCCACCUCUUUUGUUUGACUUAUUGUCAUUGUUUAUGGUUAUUAUAUUAUUAUUAUUAUUAUUAUUAUUAUUAUUGUUGUUGUUGUUGUUUGGAAAAGAAAACUUUCAAGACAGAAGGUUUUGCUUGUCACUGCUUAUUUAACUUAUCAAACAUAUUUAUUGGUGAUCAUAUGCAUUUUUUUGUUAAUUUUGUUUGUAUUUAUCUUGAUAAUGAAACGAUAGAAUAUAUUUUCUUUUAUGUUAAAUUAUGAUCUUCUGUAUUAAUCUUAAGAUUGUGAAGACUUGUCAACUUUCUUUUUUCACAGUUUAAUAUAUUGUACUACAAUUACUUGUUUGCAACUACACUUUGAUAAAAAUGAAACUUAAUUUAAAGAAAAAACAAAAAAAUCUUCUGCAUUUUGAUUAUUUAUUGUAGAUUUUUCAUUCUUUUUCCCAAAUAUUGGACUGCAAAACUAUUAGGCCUAAUGUUUCCUUGAUAGAUAUUUGGACUCACUAGAAAGCUUGACAUCAGUACAUUCAUCUUUAUUUCUUUAGUCAAUCUUCAGUUGUUGCACCCCUUUUGUUUAAGUUGAGGCAGGUUUAGUCCUCACAUGUAGCAUUUUUUUUUUCCCCCCUUAGUACCGGAGAUAGUAGCGGAAGAUACAGCACCAGUUUGAAAUACUGAACUGUAUACUGUGAGUUCUAGAUAUCUUGUUGUCAGAAUAUCUCAAGGGGACACAUUUAUCAGAACGUUGUUACUAGAGACAGAAGUGAGUUCGAUUCAAGUUGGACUUUCAUGGCCUUAAAGCUUCUGCUUCCAUUUUAAGUAUCACCUGAAGUGCAUUCUCUUGUUGCAUAUGUGUUCAUUGAGAUGAUUGUGGUGUGAUAUCAAUGCAGGUUACAAAACUUCAGUGUUAAAAGCAGUUCUUCCAGUUACAUGUGUAAAUUAGAUGAAUUGCAGGCAAUAACUGUGACCAAAUGGGUUGGAGAAUAGGUGUCCUUAUUUUUGUUUCUAAUUGGUUUUUUGGAACCCUUCUUCCAGCCCAAAUGUAAAGUGCCUCUUUUUAUACAUUCCAUUGAGCUUACGCUCCCUGCCUUGAAUAAUGAUGCAGACGACGAUAAAAUACGUUUGAGUAGUUAUUCCUUGUUUCCUCAAUGGAAUUGAAGAUUGAGAAGAUUUGGUUAACAGGAUAGACACAACGAAAGUAUCUAGCCUAAACUGUUGAAUGUAUUUUUUAAACAGCUUUUGCUGUUCACUACAGUAAUUUCUAUGUGAGUUUAUAUAAAAUUGAUUGCUUUGUUAUGACUGAUUGCAGUUAAAACCAAUAAACCCCAUAUUUUUCAAAAAA